CAUCGAAUGAAGAGAAUUAAAAAAAACUUCAAAAUUGAUAGUUUGAUUGUCAAAUGGAUACUUUCCUAUUAUUUGAACAAAAAGGCAAUCGUCGAAAUUACUCGUGAAAGAAAAAUGAAUAGGAACAAUAUGGGAUUUUUCGUAGACAAAGUGUCAGAGGAUUCUUUUUAUCAAAACCUAUUGAUUGGCCUUCCAAAUGUACUGGAUAAAUUACCCAACAUACACGAGAAAAAAUUGAACCGUUAUCCUCCGGCAACUAAGCUACAAGUGAGAAAUUGGGAAAACUCAAAUGGAGUGAAUUUGCCACAGGACCUCCAUGAUUUCUACUUGUCUUGUAAUGGACUUUCGUAUACUUAUACCUUCUCCUACGAACCGACCAAUCGGGAGGAUCAAAAGAUCAAUAAGUUGCAUGCGAAAAUCGAAAUUAACCCCAUUGAAAAUCUGAUUCUGAUCGUAGGAUACGAAAUUAAAUCCACUGCGAGAAUUUACUAUGAUGGAUAUUUUUAUAAAUUAGACUUGAGCGCCGAGAGCAAAGUGUUCGAAUUGUCGAAAAACGAAAAUUUCCAGGUUGUGCUCGUAUACACAGAUCGAAAAAAUCUGUCAUCGAUAUGGAUAUAUAAGAAUGGGAUAUUUUAUUUUACCGCCAGUGAUGUAACAACCUAUUUGAGAAUGGCUAUAGCACAUUUGGGCGCACCUGGUUGGCAGUACAUUUUUUCUCCUCUUGUCUUGCCCGGACGAACCAGAGAAAUGUUGAAUGUAAUAGCUCCCAGUAUUCUCACCAGAACACUCAACCAAGAUAGCAAUGUUGCAGAAUUAAACGUGAUUAAUCCAAACCUGUUCAAUGUCGAUUACGAAGGCAUGAAUGAAUCUAAAAAGUGUAAUGAAACGUUACUGAAUAAAAAAUUUAGUGCCAACACCAUUGGUCGCAAAUCAAGUAGUGCUACGAUAGGUAGGAAAUCUAGUACUGCAACGAUUGGUAGGAAAGCAAGUUCCGUUGUUUCAUCUAAUUCAGAGAAAUUGAAAAAAAGAACGAUUUCGAAACGUCGCCCAUUCACGCCAAGAUUUUAGGAAGAUCAUUUAAAUUCUAACUUAUAGUAGUUUUGGUUAUCAGCAAAAUAUUAUAUCGAAGAAUUGUAAUAUUUUCAAGUUUCAAAUGUGUAACUGGCAAAAAUUUUCAUAUUAAUUAUUGGUGAAUAUGUCUAGGUUUAUUAAAAAUAUGUUUUCGAUUCCGGAAACAUAGUUUUCUGUAUAGUUACAAUAAAAAAUUUCAAAAAAAUCA